GACUCAUAAAAUAUUCGCAAUUUACUUAAUGUAGUUCAGCAAACAAAAUUAUGCCCUAAAAUUUAUUUAGUUUUGUUUAAAAAAUUAUUGUUAUUUUAUAAUGUCGUUAAGUAAUUUCAUAAAUGUAGACAAUUGUUAAAUAUAUAUGAUCACUGCACAUGAAAAGAAGAGUUUUAGGUUAAUAAGAAUAAAAUUAUCCAAACAGCCGAAACAAUUAACUAAAAUGAAUGUCCUUAAAAAAGUGCCGUUGCGAACACUAAGUACUUUCCUAGAGAAUCACACUCGCAAUAUUAAACCAGUUAUCUUUAUCAAUAUAAGAAACGUACACAAAUCGACACCACCUCCACCCCCUGAAGAACCUAAAAAAUCUAAAUUUAUGGAAUUCUUUGAUGAUGAGAAAAACUGGGGUGCAACUGAAGUAAAGUCUGGUCGAAGCUGGAAACUAGAAGAACUUAGACUAAAAUCAAAUAUUGACUUGCAUAAGUUAUGGUACAUUUUACUCAAAGAGCACAACAUGUUGUUGACCAUGGAGGAGGAAUCCAAACAGCAAACCAGACUAUUUCCAAGCCCAGAGAGGCUUGAUAAGGUUAAAGAUUCCAUGGAUAAUCUUGAAGCAGUAGUCAAGGAGAGAAAUGUAGCCUAUCACAUGCUAGAAACUGGAAAGCCUGGUAUCAGGGAGACUAAGCCAAUGAAGAAUCCAUUUGGAUUAGAAGUACAACACACUGAACAAGAAUAUCUGAUACCAAAAGAACAGAAUGAGGAAUGGCUAAAGGAACAUAGCUUCAAUCCAGAUGAUCCUGAUGUGAAAAAGUUUUUGGCUUUGUAUAGAGAACAAGAAGCUAAAAAACGACGACAGGCUAAGACGAGAGAUUUUAAUCAUGUGAUUGGAUUGUUAAAAAGAUAUCCGAAAGUGGAUUUGGAAGCUGUCAAGGAGCAAUAUCCUGAUGUGGAUAUUGAAAAAGCUAAGAGAAAUAGCAAGGCGCGAGGCCAUUAUGUGCCAUCAAAGUAUAACAUCAAUCAAUAAUAUAUUAAUCAUUAUAAUUACUAAUUCGUUCUUUGAAUACAUGCAUAAACUUUA